AUGGGAAGGUUGUAUGGCAGUAUAUUAAAAGAGAGAGUUUUUGAAGAAAUAGAAGAACAAGGUGGUUUACGCGCUGGGCGUUCUUGUACAGACAACAUAUUUGUGUUACAACAAAUAAUUGAAAAAAGGAGAGCUCGAAAUUUGGACACGCAUCUGGUAUUUAUAGAUUUAGAGAAAGCCUAUGACACGGUGCCUUUGAAGAAAUUAUUUGAAAUCUUGGUUGAAACAAAUGAGGCAUUGAAAAACUGGAGAAGGAAGAGUAGAGCUAUGGGAAUAGAGAUUGACAACCACUGUCUAUCGACCUUGUUCUUUGCAGACGACCAAGUUAUUGUUGCAGGUUGUGAGGAGGAUGCCGACUAUAUGUUGAGGAAACUUGAUGAAGAAUACGACAGAUGGGGACUCAAUAUCAACCUCACAAAAACCGAAUACCUGAAAGUAGGAGAAGAACAAACUGAAGAUCCUAAACUACACAUACAUGAAAUUAAAAGAUGUAGCGAAUAUAAAUAUUUAGGAAGUAUUAUAUCUGAAGAAGAGAACUCCAAGAAAGAUAUACAUAGUAGAGUUCAACAAGCAAAAGAAAGAAGGAUGGCGAGUCAGUGGAGAUGGACUUUCUCAGAAGAGUAUGUCGCAUAUCAAGGAUGGCACACAUUAGAAAUGAGGAGAUCAGGCAAAGAACAAGGCGAAUAUAUACCAGCACCGACAACAUCGAAUCGAGACAGCUACUAUGGUAUGGGCACGUAA